AUGGAACGCAUAUCAUUUUGUUCCAACUAUUACACAUUGCUGAGGCAACAAUCAAGGAGCGAUAUGAGAAAGGCAAUUGCCAAGCUUUACAGCAAAGGUACUUCGAAGAGGCGACUUUUCUCCGCCUCAGUAGUGGAUCAGAAUGUUCCUCCUAGAGUUGUCGUCUCCCACUCCUCUAAUCCUCCUGCGUAUUCGCAAGAUAGGGUUGACGCUACUAAUUUAGUGGACGAGUUGCUACGUUAUACAAGAUCGCUGAUGGAUGGAUCUCAUCAUCACAUCAUUGCAUAUUCUGGUGGAAUAGAUUCUUCGUUGGUGGCGGCUCUUGUUAAGGAAUCGGCACAAGACAACGAGAGAGUCAGGGCCGUUUUGGGGUUGUCACGGGCAGUUCCUGUCGAGCAAGUUACACUAGCAGAAGAAGUGGCUGGCUUUAUUGGCAUUGCACUGGAGAAGAUUCAUACAACGGAAUCAUCUGAUGAAAUGUACAUCGAAAAUAGCGGACAAGCCUGUUUGGCUUGCAAAACUCAUCUUUACUCUUGCCUAGAUUCUGUUUUUGAGCACACUGGAGCAGAAGCAGGCGAUAGAAAGUUGUACAAUGGAACAAAUAGCGAUGAUUUAAAUGAUCCAACUCGGCUGGGUUUGAUUGCCGCUGAUAGUUUCAGUGUGCAAUCUCCGCUUAGACUCACCACCAAAGAAAACGUCCGACUUGCUGCAAAGUUGCUUGGACUGCCAAACUGGAAUUACGCCGCCUCGCCUUGUCUUAGGAGCCGUUUGGCUCUGGGAGUGGAAGCCAUUCCGCAACAUUUGGAGCGAAUAGAACAGGCCGAACGGCACGUUCGCCAAUCUUUGAGUCUAGAUCCUACCAACAAUCUGCGAGUGAGACUUCUUGCCAAGGGGAAGGCAAUGGUGGAAGUCGAAGACAAGGCCUUAAUUGACGCCAAAGACUCUCUGAAAUUAUGGAACUCUUUCUUUCGGGAACUAGGUUUCUCUUCUGUUGAUGUGCGGGCCUUUAAGAGUGGCUCAGUCGCCAAAUAA